AGAAGAAGAAGGAGACGGCGUCGUUUCCGUGUUUUGUUGUGUAGUCCCUGACAACAGCAGCCGUUAGCUCCGGGGACAAAACACGGGAACAUGUCGGCUACCGAGGACGACACGGAGCUCCGGGACCUGCUCAUCCAGAACCUGGAGAACAACGGAGUCCUCAACAAGCUCAAGGCGGAGAUGAGGGCGGCCGUCUUCCUGGCCAUGGAGGAGCAGGACAAACUGGAGAAUAAAACUCCUCUGAUCAAUGAAAACCUGAAGAAGUGUCUCAACACCAAAGACGGUCGCCUUGUGGCCAGUCUGAUCAUGGACUUCCUGCAGGUCUUUAACCUGGACUUCACCUUGGCUGUGUUCCAGCCGGAGAUCAACUCGCUGCACGGUCUGGAAGGCCGGGACCUGGUCUGCAGAGAGCUGGGUCUGUCGGAGUCCGAGCUGAACAGGAAGUCCCCUCUGCUGCUGGAGCUGGUCAGGAGAGGACGCCACAAAGACGAGCCGAGCGUCUGCACUCAGGAACCGUCUCAGAGACAGAUCACACACGCCCGCAAGAAAUAUGACUUUUAUGACAAGGAGCACAGCGGCUCGGUUUCAAAGGAAGACGUGAAGAGCGUCUUCAUGGAUCUGUUCCCCAGACUGAACAAGAACAUGUUGGAGAGGUUCAUCAGUGACGAGCUCAGAGCUGCUGACAAAACCUUCUCUAAAGCUGUAGACCUGCAGCUCUUUCUGGGGAUGUACAGACGUCUCUUCUCUCAGUGCAGAAGUGUGGUGGUUCAGGACUCUGAUGUCACCCCCCCCCCUGAGGAGAAGAUCAGCUCUCCACCUGUCAGUAAGAUCCCCAGGUAUAAAGGCCAGAAACACAGAGGACAGAGUCAGACAGCAGCCAAGGACUCGGACUGUGUGACGUCUCUGGGUAGAGGAGACUUCCAGCAGCAGGACAGCAGGACCUCCACCCUCGCUGUGAGGAGGGAGCGUCUGGACCUGGACCUGGAGGUGGAAGACGACCUGGACGACGGAGACUCGUUCUUCGACGACCCGCUGCCCAAACCUCAGAAGACCUACGGCUGUCUGUCUGUCCUGGCUGGUGACUCAGAGGGCGAGCGAGACGAUCCUCUGUCUGAACACAGUCAGAGCUCUGAGCUCAGGAAGGUGGAGGCGUCUGGGGCCAGAGAGGGUCCUGCAGGGUCCCCGUCUGAGGCUCCGAGACCAGGAGGGGGAGGGGGGAGCAGCACGUCGGAGCCGAGCCGCAGCAGGAGCGGAGCGUCAGAGUCCAGAGACAGGGGCUCCAGAGACUCCAGGCCCCCCCCCCACAAAACUGGAUCCCUGCAUCUAGACGACGUGGAAUAUGACGACGACUUCAACAGUCAUCGUUCAGAUUUCUCCAGGAGCGAGUUGAGCAUCGGAGAGGAGAUCGAGGAGGUCUCCAUCGAGGGACCUGACACCAGCGACAAGGACACCACCCAGGACCUGAGUGUGUCCCAGCUCAGUCAGAGUCACGAAGCCGACUACAUGGAGGAGGUGGCCUGACGCUCCCAUCAUGCAACUCUCUGGGCUUUCCCAUCAUGCACCUCUUUGUAUCAUCCAUGUCUAAGUGUUUCACUGAGAGAAUAAAUGUUUUGAACCGAAA